UCGAGGAGCUCGAGUUGUAUACAAAUUUUGGUGCUCGCGAUACACACACGAGGUUUCGAAAACUAUCGUAGGCUGACAGAAAUCGCGUUCGAUUUAUGAAAAAAAAGAACCGCAAUACUUCUGUGUUACAAAAUGCGUCAAUCACUAUAAAAUUGACGACGAAACAUGAAACUGACAAAUCUUUUCUGCCAAACUGGUUAAAAUGGAAAUCCUCUGGUCGGAUAAACCAGUAGAAUAAUGUCUCGAAUUUUGCACGUGAAAAAUUUACAUGUGAAAAUAAGACGUCGUGCACAGCCAUAAUUAAUUGCAGUCUAAACCGAGGAAAGGCUCGAUUCUGAAAGUUCAGUCGUGCGAAGAAAUCCAAAGAAAACGCGAACGUGACACGACUGAGAGGCGCGAGACCGACGAACUUAAGCUUACUAGUGAAUUUCCGGGGAUAUACGCUAUGUGUUGAUAACAGAGAGAAAUCGAUCUUUAAGCAUCUCCAACUCUGACUUGCACUGGAUGGAAAAUGUCAUUAAAUCAAUCAAACGAUAUACUUAACGAAAGUAUGCUAACACACGAAGCAUGACACGUCAAAUUGCCGAACGUGUUCGGAGAAGGACUCAGAAAGGAUUCAUUAUUAGUUUCGCGGAAGUUAGUGUACACACGGGUUAAUGUUCCUGUGUCUCCAACUAGAACGACGAGGAGAAUACACGAAGUUAUCCAAGCAUGAACAAGGGAAGAUCUGGUGCGACGGCCACCCGGAAAAUUUUCAUAGAGUUCACGUCACAAGGAUUUCUCGUUUAAUAAGUUUCCAGUUGCAGAACAAAGGAAAAUGUCGGCCGAAGUGAGAGCUGGUCGACCUACCAUGCCAACGAUUCCGCACUCCAAAAGGCCAACGAUUUUGAUAUAUCCGACGGUUACGCCGGAGAGCAUAAUCAUACCUAUCGUAUCCUGCAUUCUGGGAUUUCCGCUGUUAGCAUUAAUGGUAAUUUGCUGUUUACGAAGGAGAGCAAAACUCGCCAGGGAACGGGCUCGACGAAGAAACUGUGAUUUGGAUCAUGGCGCAUUGAGCCUCGUCCGUUUCAGCCCGGUUCAUCGCCUAGCAUCGAGAGAGGAUUUAGCUGGCAUUGAUCGACCGGCACGUACCGUGUCCUUAAGAGGUGAUAGAGGAUCCCGAGCCUUCUCAUCCCUGGAGUUGGACACCGUCGUCGAGGAGCGUUCAGAUCCCGAGCAGAGCACCGCUCUCGAAUUAAGUAGUCCUGACUAGCAUCCGGCUUUGGCACCGUCGAGGUCUCCACGACCAUCGAAAUCUUUGGCGGUGCCGUUGCCUGUGGAUCAUAGUCCGCUGUGGACAGCUUUGACACACGCUAAUGCGGUCUCUGCGGCGUUAGGAGACACCUAGCAGGAGGUGGAAGACGGCAGCUAUAUCAAAAGUCUCGUCCUAGAUCUGCCAAUCAUUUACUGACCGGCCUCUCUGAAAAUGUCUCUUGGAGCAUCGGAAGGAAGUUGGACAUCUUUACUCAAGCACUACCAUAUCGCGAUAAUGACUGUGUGAAAUAUCAAAAAAAUAUACAAUGCUUUUAUGUCAAGAGAAGUAAAUAAUAAAACAAAAUUUACAACAAAAUGAUGUUCGAAAAGUAGAGCAUCGUAUUCCUUUCGUGUGAAUGUGCGCGUAUGCAUGUAUAUCGCAACUAACAUUAUGACCAACGUGAAAUUUUGUACUAUUUGCUCGUAAUAUUUGCGAGUAGAGCUUUUUACACGAUAGUUAAAAUCUAAAAUGUACGCGGUCACUGUAGGAAGUAGCUGGUCUACAAUACUAAUAUAUCAGUGUAAAUACAGAUUUUUAAUUAAUGUACAAACGAAAUUACAUGAAUAAAGUUAUUAUUCGUGACUGUAUUAUAUGAAGAUUGAUACUGUACAAUCGUCGUUCAAUGUACGCUUUUAUGAACAUCCAACUAUUCUAUUAAAUAAAAAAUAUAACAUGACA